AUGCUUCGCCUUGUCGGUUGUCGCCUAGGCGGUCGUGCGCGGCGACGCUCCGCGAACGCGCUCAUUGACGCUGCCGUUAACGCCGUUCUAGCGGAGCUGAGGGCCAAGGCAACAAAGGCUAAAAAGCUGAAGCGGAUCGAAGCGCCAAAGUCUUCAGUGGCGGUCGCAGCUCCUGCGAAGCGUGCUAAACAACUCGUAGCGCCGCCUAUGGACCCCCCAUCACCCCCCGCGGACGUGGCAGCUCCUACCAAAGCAAAGGCAUCAAACACAAAGAAGAAUCUUGUUGACACUGUUCUCUCAGGUGUGAACUGCACCCUGUUGAAGCACGUCCUCUCCUCCUCCUCCUCAUCGUCGACGUCGACCGACAUCCCUGACGUGGCUCGGAUGUUACGCCUAGACUACACCUCCGUCGCAGGGAAGCACCAUCUGGCGCACCUUGCGGACAUCUUUCUGGUCAACCGCAUUCACGCCGCCGUGGUCGCCGACACGCAGGAAAGCGUAGUGGACAGCAAAACCAGUGCCGCAGCCGACUCAUCAUCGCCGCUGGUGGUGCUUGUGGAGACAAACCUUCCUCGUGAAGAUGCCGAAGUGCAGGAGUUCAUCAUCCGCAACGCCCUACACAUGCACCCACUUACGCCGGAGGUAGAAGCUGUCGACGGGAAACCCAUCAAGACUCCACCCUUGACGGUCCUCGUUCUGAGCGACGAGCAAACACAGCGCGUGCGCACACUCGCAAAGCUGCCGCCCCUGCCACCUCGCGUGCCGGCGGCAGUCCCUGUGACCAUUGCACCUGCAACCAGCUGCAAUAACAGCGCCCAGGCUGCCAGUGCCAAGACUGCCAGUGCCCAGGCUCCUAGCGCCCAGGCUGCCAGUGCCAAGACUGCCAGUGCCCAGGCUCCUAGCGCCCAGGCUGCCAGUGCCAAGACUGCCAGCGCCCAGGCUCCUAGCGCCCAGGCUGCCAGUGCCAAGACUGCCAGUGCCCAGGCUCCUAGCGCCCAGGCUGCCAGUGCCAAGACUGCCAGUGCCCAGGCUCCUAGCGCCCAGGCUGCCAGUGCCAAGACUGCCAGUGCCCAGGCUCCUAGCGCCCAGGCUGCCAGUGCCAAGACUGCCAGCGCCCAGGCUCCUAGCGCCCAGGCUGCUAGUGCCAAGACUGCCAGCGCCGCGCCGGCCUCCGACGCAGCUACUGCGGAGACAGCUUCGUCGAAGAAGCCCAUUCGCCAAGCUCAGAGUAGCCCUGAUGCAACGCCGGCGCAGGAUGCCUCGCAGUGCGCCGGGAAGUCAGUGGAAGCAGCGAAAUCGGCGCCACAACAGACCGACGCGGACGAAACUGCAAAGACGGAGAAAACGGUGCUGCCCUCUGUGUCCCCACCCCCUUUGUCCGGCGCUGCAGCGGCGGUGGUGCCAGCAGCAGCGGCUGGGCCCACCCAUACCGCAAAAUCGGGGGCGCAGGCCGCAGUGAAGGCUGUACCGCUGGAAAGGGCGGAAGCCUCAGCAAUGGAAAAAACACAGAUCGAGCGUAUGGUGCGUCGUGCGGCACGCAUCUCCAUCAAGGCGCUUGCCACUCAGCAGAAGAAGCGGCGACCAGCGACGCCCUCUCAGUCGCGCCUGGUCGCCGCGAUUGCGGCCAAUGUUUCGAGAAGGGGUACCGCUGUCGUACGACCGCCGCGCCUGUUGUCCGUGGAAAGCUCAAAGGAAAAGUUGCUGUGGGCAUCUCAGCCUGGUCAACCGCUGCCCAUUGGAGUACUAGAGCCGUUGGUCAGCGCAGCUGUGUACGAGGAGAUUCGCACUUCUGCGGCGGCAGCUGCCUCAGCUACGUCUGCGACCUCACCACUCACGAUGCAUACAGUGGUUUACAGUGCCAGUAAGGAGAGUAGUGCUGCGACGGUUUGGCUUGGUGCCCUGCAAGCCGCCGCCGAUCUCGCCAGCGCAGUGUCAGGCGGUGCUUCGCAGCUGCCGGCUGAGGUAGCGGAGCUGGCCGGCCUCGAUCCAGCGCGCGUCAGGCGUGUCUCUGAGCGCAAGAGCUCAAAACAACGCGGUGCCACGAACGCAGUGGCGGCCUCCCCGGUUGCCGCUGAUGGCGUCGCUGCCACCCCCACCGUGGUAACACCAACACCACCGAGGCCGUACAUUUAUAUGCUCAUCCAUACGCGCCUAUCUAGGGAAGACGCCGCUGUCCUGCAACAGGAGCUGCAGUACCAUCUAACGCAGCUCAAGGCGACCCGGGCCGGUGCAGAGCUAGCAGGCAUGUCAGUGCUGACGGCAGAUGAUGCGUCUCCCGCUCACUUGUCGUAUGUGCUGGAGAAUACGGUGGUUGAAGUUGGCGGCAGGAGUGCUAAGAAGAGUGGCACACGCAGAGACGGCAAGGCGGUGACGAUACCAUCGGUACCGCCGAUGCUUUCUGCCGAAGGAGCAGAAGUUCAGGGCGUCUUUCAAGAGGUGUAUCGUCUGCUGUCGGAGCAGCCGUGGCUUCUGCGCUCCCCGUUGUGGACGGAGACGCCAUCAUCCUCCCCUCACCAACAUCAGCAGCAGCAGCAGCAUCCAGAUACGCUUGUCGCGGAUGCAAUCCGCGUCACAGCUCUUACGCAGGUUCUGGUGCAGCGAAAGGAGGCGCAGCUACGCCAGCACUUUGAGGCAGCACAGCAGUCGAGUGCAGUGAACGCGAACAGCGAGGCCGUCGCCAGGGAAGCUCAGCGCGUCGAGAUGAAGUCAAUGGUGACAGCGGCGGUCGAGGAGGUGUCGGUACGCCAUGAACAGGCGACUGCCCACCUCGUCAAGACACUGUCCAGCAUGGCGGGGCAGUGGUCCCUGGAGAAGCUAUCUGAUACGCUGGAAGCAAUUGUUAGAGACGAGGUGAAGCCAAUUAUGGACGCGCUCGAGGAGCGCCUCGGAGGCGCGUCCUCGCACAACUCUGUGGCAGCCAACGUCGAGGCCACACCAAUCACUGCAGCGCCAACUCUGAUGGCGACGUCCGCAUUCACACCCCCGACCGACAGCGCCGACCCCUCGUCCCCUGUGCUCCUUGCGAAGCAAGACGAGAUCAAGGACACUAUGUCGCAGGUCUUGGUGCAGCUACGCGAGCUCACUGAGCGCAUGUCAGCACUGGCGGCGGCAACGACGGCCACGGCUGCUGCGCAGACUGAAGGCUCGGUGGACUCCUCAGCGGCCCGCCCAUCCGAGACUGCCGCCGCUCUGCCGCGGAGUGAGGAAGAGGUACGUCUUCUGAGAGACCUCCAUGAGCUACAGGAGAAGCACCAUUCGAGGCUCAGCGAGGAGCUCGAGUGCUUACGCAACGAACUUCACACCUUCUCAAGGCAAGAGAGUGCAACUGCCGAGACACAAGCAUCCGCGCCCGUCUUAACAUACGCGACCACCCUCUCGCCAGAGUCGCUUAAUGGGGCCGUCGCCGACACCGUGCAUGAGAUCGCGCAUGUGAUCCGGCAAGGCAUUCACACAAGUGUUGUGGAGCAGCUCGGCGCGUACUGCGAUGUUCAUCGAAGCAUCCAAAGCAGCACACGCGACGACAAAUGUAGUGAAGAGCCGUUGAUGCCCGUGCUGCCCGUUACGUCAUUCGAGUUGGAGGAAAUGCUGACCCGCGUCGUUGACCACGCCGUUCAAAAGUCGACGGAAAAAAUGGAGAGCCACGUGCGGGAAGUCCUGGAAAAGUCUCAGCGAAACGAGCGGUCGGUUAACCAGGCCUCCUCGGCUACGGCUGCACCCCCGACUAGUGCGACACAGCUGGACGAAGCGCUCAGGGGCGCGCUUGGAGGCCUCUGGGCGCAGGCGCGGGCGGAGGCGGCCGGGGAGGAGGCGGCGAAGGCGUCGCAGCACCAUCGCCAACUCCUGCGCGUGUUCCGCCGCCAGCAGCACCUGCAGCGGGGCGUGCCUGGCCGAGAGUCUUUAGCUGCACCAGCGUCGCCUCUGUCAUAUGUGGCGCUCGAGGAGGCCAUGCGCGUGGUCAUGCACCCCUACAUGGCGCAGAUGCAGGCCACAGUGGCCGCCGCCGCUUCGGCAGCCGCCGCCGCAUCCGGCUCUCCUCGUACCUCGAUAGAGACGUUGUCGUCGGUGUCAUCGAACGACGAUGGCGUCGAGCAGGAAGCUGUGGAAUGUUCCGCGGGCAAGGAAGGAAGCAAAAAAGGGAGCAGGAAAGCGGCGUAG